AUGGAGACUGAAGUCUUUGAUAGCUCGAUUAAACUUUGCAGAGUUAAGGGAUCCAAUCUCGACCCCAAAAAGCUCUGGUACGUGCUAACGGAAAGUUUAUGUGGGAUCAGGCCAAAUGCUUUUGCAAAGAGUGAAAUAUUUCGUCAAUUCCCCAAUGAAAUAUGGUCUGUUCCGCCAGCAGGCCUCAAGCCUGCCAAAAAUGGCGGUUUAUUCAACACCAGGCAACCAGGCAACCAGGCAACCAGGCAACUCGUAUGUUGUUUCUUCGUUUGGUCUCUGUGCCGGACUACUUAGACAGAGAGAAUUUCCAGCACAUGGAUUUGUGCGAUCUCAAAACAUUAUUCCUGUAGUUAAUGCGGUAAAUGGAAUGGCCCUAAAUUUUGAAAUAGCGGACAGUUUAGGUGGGAAAUACCUAAUGGAAGUAAUGUCAAAAUGUCAGUCUAGAAUAGCGGAGCUUGAUCACAAGAUUCGGGAACUUGAAAGAAGUAAUAGUUAUUUAAAUUCAUUUAUGCCUUGCUACCCUCCAUUAGCAGCCUCGUCUCCUUCUUCUUCUUCUUUAAAUAACGAGUGCUACAGGGACAGCAGAGACAUCAGCAGUUUCAGCAGUCCAUGCAGCACCAGUGGCCCUUGUAGCAUCAGUGGCCCCUACAGCACCAGUAGCCCCUGCAGCACCAGCAGCCCAAGCAGCACCAGCAGCCCAAGCAGCAUCAGUAGCCCCUGGAGUAUCAGCAGCCCAUUCAGCACCAGUAGCCCCUGCAGCACCAGCAGCCCCUGCAGUACCAAUACCACCAACAGAAGUGUUAUUGAAAAAACAUUCAACAAUCCAACUCUAGGUUCCACUUUAAAGAAGAGAAAAAAUGCCAGUGAAUGCAGGAAAGUAUAG